AUGGUAUCGCCGACGUAUGCAGGCAUGAGCGGGAAGAAGCUUUCCCUAGCAGGUUCAACCGUCGCCACCAUGGCUUUUUUGCUAUUCGGAUAUGACCAGGGCGUCAAGCAUCCCGGAUCCGGCAUUCAACAAUAUGCCACCGUGCAUACGGUAUAUGAAGUUGGGUGUCUCCUAGGUGCGGUUGUCGCACUCUUCAUCGUCGAUCGGCUCGGUCGUCGUUGGAUGAUCAUAUCCGGUGCGAUAAUUAUGAUUCUCGGCGUGAUUAUUCAAGUUACUGCAAUCGAAGACAAGGUUCCACUCGUGCAGUUUAUCAUCGGCCGUGUCGUCACUGGAGUUGGAAAUGGAAUUACCCAUAUACCAUCCCCACCAACCAGGCUGAAUCAAUUGCCUAUUGGAUUGACUUCGGGGCGCGUUAUGGACCCUAAGACUUGCUCUGGAGAUUCCUUAUUGCAUUCCAGGUCGUUUGUCGUUGUUGGCGUUUUCAUUAUAAUCGGCAUGUUUUAUCUUCCCGACUCACCCCGUUAUCUUAUCUCCAAGGACAAGGUUGAAGGUGAAAGGAGACUAAGUGAAGCUCUUUCCCCUCUGCUGCGCCUCCACUCACAAACCGACCAAAACAUUAGUCCAGGUGCCACGAAAGCAGGUUACAAAGAUCUUCUCAUUGAGGGCAGGACUCAGCACUUCUGUCGCAUGGUUGUGGGUUCCGAUGUAACGCCGUCAUUUACUAUCUUCCAGCAUUUCGUCAUGAUGACGCCAGUCAUGGUGGUCCGUAUCGGAUGGCGGGCAUAUCCCUUCUUCAGUGCAUGGAACGCUAUUCUCAUACCAUUCAUCUGGUUCUUUUACCCAGAAACUGCAGGUCGGAGCUUGGAGGAAAUCAACCACAUCUUCGCCAAGGGAUAUGUCGAGAAGAUGAAUUACGUCAAGGUCGCAAAGGCAUUGCCUAAACUGACGGAUGAAGGGGUUGAUAGGAAGGCUAAAGAAUAUAGACUGGCUCGGCACAAUCUCAGAUAUGAAAAUGUUAAGCAAGGAAGCCUUUCAAGUUGGGCAGCACUAGGACGGUGGGAACCUGACCAGCAGGUCCAUUAUCGACGCCCGACAACAUAUAUCGAGCGGGAGUCCAAAGUGGAACCGGAGGAGGAAUCCUCUACCUAA